AUGUGUGCUAAGGAGCCAUCAGCAGCCGUCCACUUUGAGACCAUGCCUUGUUAUCAAGGGGAUGACUUGGUUCCUAAUAUUCGGGUGCUACAUCAGGAUGGAAACAACAAUAUCGUGCCCAUUGCAUUUGCUAUUGUCGAGGGUGAGACUUCUGAUGCAUGGUAUUUUUUUCUUAGUAAUUUGCGACGACAUGUGGUGACACGGGAUAGUGUGAGCCUUAUCUCUGAUCGACACGAUUCUAUAAGUUUGGCGGUGGAACGAUACUCUAGGACAGUGCGCGAAUUCCAGUUGCGUUACGGAUGUUUACGCGAGCGGGGUGAAGCAUACACAAGGUGGCUGGACAGAAUUCCUCGUGAACAGUAUGCUUUGGCAUUCGAUGGUGGAUACCGAUGGGGUCACAUGACUACAAAUUUAGUGGAGUACAUUAAUUCGGUAUUGAAGGGGGCACGUAAUCUCCCAGUCACUACACUUGUAAAGGCAACAUUUUACAGACUGAAUGAGUUAUUCACCAGGAAAAGGGCUGAAGCGGAGGCUCGAAUUAAUGCUGGUUAUGUGUUUUCAGAGACCGUGACCUCCAAAUUGCAUGCAAAUCAAUGCGCAGCUGGAAACAUUCAGGUUAAUUGCUUUGAUAGACAGAAUGAAAUAUUUGAGGUGCGUGAGAUGCCUAGUGGCUGCGAGUUUGCAGUUGAUAUACAACAGCGUCAUUGUGACUGUGGUGAAUUCCAAGUGGACCGCUUACCAUGUCGCCAUGUCUUUGCUUGCUGUGCAAAUCAACGAUUGGAUUGGCAGAUGUAUGUUCAUGAUGUUUACAAGAUGGACCAGGUCCGAAAGGUUUAUAGAGCUAAGUUUAGAACACUUGGGAAUCCCACCACAUGGCCUAUGUAUAAUGGACCUCGGUUCAUACCAAAUCCCUUUUUGAAGCGAGUGACAAAGGGUCGGCCAAAGAUGACCCGGUUCUUAAAUGAGAUGGACACAAGAAUGUCACGUCGUCCAAGGCACUGUAAGCAAUGUGGGGCUGAGGGCCACAGUCGCAGUAGAUGCCGACAAGUUGGUGGUUCUAGUGCAGGCGAUGCUGCUCAGAAUACCUAA